AUGACCCAUUUUUUGCCUGUGUGUUGUUCAAUACUGUGCAUUCAAAUCACUUUUGGAGUUCAACAGCAUGCUUCUUUAAAAGGUCAUGUCGAGGACAUCCUAAUCCAGAAGACACCUUGGAAAUGGAAUCACCUGAAUACCUCAGUGAAAGUGGAAUCGCCGUUAUCUGUGGAUAUCUCACUUAUAUCUCACUACAGACUGACCAAGACUCGUCUAAACAAGCUCAACAUUCUCAAGAAACACAGAGAUUGUGCUGCUAUCUUGAAAUCUAUACCAAAUACGAAGAGACGAAAUGGCGUGUACACCAUCUAUCCAGAUAUGAAAACGAAGAAAAGAGUUUUUUGUGACAUGGAGACAGACGGAGGGGGAUGGACGGUUUUCUUAAAAAGAAUUGACGGAACCGUAAAUUUUGACCGAGAUUGGAAGGACUAUAAGGUUGGAUUUGGCUAUCCAGAUGCUGAAUACUGGUUAGGAAAUGAAGCCAUUCAUUCACUCUCAGUAAAGCAUGGACAGGAUCUAAGGGUCGACCUUGAGAAAUUUUCUGGGAAAACCGCGUACGCCAAAUACUCUACCUUCUCCAUUGGAGCCGAGUCAAAUAAGUAUAAACUAAACGUGGGUGGCUUUAGUGGAAACGCAGGCGAUGGUUUGGCUUAUAACAAUGGCAGACUAUUUACCACUAAAGAUUCCGAUAAUGACUCAUAUGGAGGUAACUGUGCGUCUGACCGUAAAGGUGCUUGGUGGUACAAUUCGUGCUCCUAUGCAAAUUUAUCCGCCGCUUACCAUAAUUCAGCAGUAAAGGGAUGGGCCGGCGUGGUAUGGAGCAAAUUCGGUAAUGAAAAUGUAUCUCUGAAGAAAGCCAGAAUGAUGAUGAGGCCCAAACAAUAA